UCAUUCAUGUGCAUCACAAGCGCCAGACCAGUUCUCUCAGUUCCGCGUCCGCCGCUGUGCCAAAGUGCGUCGUCAACGCAAAAGUUGCGUCUCAUCUUCAGGAAGUGGAGAAAAUUCUAGCUCGUUCGCACCUAUAGUGUCUAUUCUAGUGCAGGAUCCACAUUUGGUACAAAGUAUCCUUAUGAAGUGAAUUCGUUGGAGGCAACUGACAACCAUCCCAGGUAAUGUAUUGGACUACUCAUUUGGAGGGCGGCCCUCGUCGUGUUAAUCAUGCUGCCGUUGUCGUCAAUGACAAAAUCCUCUCAUUUGGUGGCUACUGUACCGGCGAAAACUACAAGCUUAGACGACCCAUCGAUGUGCACAUUUUAAACCCAGUCACUCUCAGAUGGAUUUCUUUAGCUGAGCCAAAAGAGAAGGAUCCUCAGUAUGCCUGUGCUCCAUUCCAGCGCUAUGGACACACAGCGGUUGUUUACAACAACAAUGUUUACAUUUGGGGAGGCCGAAAUGAUGAAUACGGUUGUAAUACCUUGUUCUGCUUCAACACAGAAACUCUAACGUGGUCUAUACCUCAGGUCUCGGGGGAAAUUCCUCGAGGCAAAGAUGGGCACUCUGCCUGCGUCAUUGGUGACAAUAUGUAUAUUUUUGGCGGUUUCGACGUCCACCAGAGUCGAUUUUGCCAAGAUGUCUAUGCUUUUAAUUUCAUAAAAAACCAGUGGUCGCUCGUACAUACUCAUGGUACACCCCCUCUGUUUAGAGAUUUUCAUACCGCCACUGCUUGGGGGACCAGAAUGUAUAUUUUUGGUGGUCGUGGUGAUGAAGCAGGUCCAUUUUCCUCUUCACAUGAGAUCUACUGCCCAGUGAUAAUGUAUUUAGAAACUAAAACAAAUUGUUGGAAGACCCCAACGAGUCGAGGUUCCAUACCUAUAGGAAGGCGCAGUCACUCAGCUUUCUCUCAUAAUGGUUACCUAUAUAUCUUUGGUGGUUUCAACAGUGUAUGCAAUAAACAUUACAAUGAUCUCUAUCGAUAUAAUUUUGCUGCCUCAGAAUGGCAGGUUGUUAUGACACUAGGAAAACGGCCUUGCAAAAGGAGAAGGCAAGUCUGUCUGAUGAUUGGUGACCGAUUAUUUGUUUUCGGCGGAACUAGUCCAAGGGAUGAUGCAGAUGAAGACUCAUUAGUGGAAAAAUUAAUUGAUCACGAUGACAUGCAUAUAUUAGACUUUGCCCCAUCAUUGAAAAAACUGUGUCUCAUGACGGUCCUGGAGAACAAACUGGAUCAGAGCUGUUUACCUCCGACCAUUAGAUGGGAUCUUAAAGCAAUGACGACAAACAAUUGCCUAAAUCGGAAGUUGACCAGUUCUGGAUGACAACUCAUGGCAUGUCUUCGUCUCAUGUUUCGUUAAUUUGUGUUCCUAUUUUAUUUAUCUGGUUCUUUAUUCUUUUGUUUUUUAGAUGGUAUUGUCAUGAUUCUUUAAACAACAAUGCUAUGAAAAGACAUGCAAUUUAACUCGGGUUUCUUGUGAUGACUAAUUUGUAGAGACAUUGCAGUACUGUCCAACCCUUGGCAGUUGAGCUUUUCGCUUGGACCACAUUUUGCAAUGAGGAACUAAUUUUUCUGACUUAUUUUCAGAAGUAAUGUGUAAUAGAAGAUAGGUGCUUUUAUGAAUAAGCUAGAAAUAUUAGCUCUUUAUUGCAAAUUGUAAUCCAUUUAUCAUCUUCCCAUCUCAGAGAGAAGUUUCAUUCGAGUUUUGAAUGGAUGAUACGGCUAUUUUUAUUUGGCACACUUUCAGAAGCAGGAUAAACACAGUUUGAGUACCUAAUUGAAUGAAAGAAAGUGAGACAUUUUCAGUCUUCAUUGCUUUCUAAUGUACAAUCGCAUCUCGUUAUAACGUAUUUUCAGUAACAGCGUUCAUUUAUUCAACUCUUGGCCAGUCCUUUCUUGUUAAAGAGUUUCCUGAUGUAAUGUUUUUUUGGAAACAAUGUUCUAUUUUUGAUUCCUGUCUGAAAACGUUUUUACGAGGUACGACUGUAUUCUGUGCCAUCAAUGCUAUAAUUAUAGAGUAUUUACUUUUCUGUCUUCAAAGUGGCACCUCAAACCGAUAAACGUCUCCUCUGUUUUCAUUCAACAGCUGAGUGAAUGGGUAAAUUGUGUGCUCAUUCAAACGUACCCAGUAAAUUCAAGCUCUGAUUUUGGAGGAUUUUAAGGACAAGUGUCUUUGAAAGCUAACCAAAAAGGGUUCUUAUUACAAUUUAGUCCUUGAACCCGCGCCAGUCUCUAAUUAUUUUUUUUUUUUAUUUAAUGUUUUGUAAUAAUUUAUUUUGAGCAAAGCUGUUCCAAUUUUAAUUGUUGUUUUUUUGUCAAUGGGGUCAAGUCAUGAAGCUCCAACCACAAAAGAGUCAUUACUCAGUGAAUUUUGCUAAUUUCAUUCAAACUGACGAUAGCUCAACUGUAGCUCAAAUAUACUCGUCAACAAUCAGUUGAUGAGGGACAGAAUGUAAACUUGAUGUAACUUGUACGAUUACUUACUCAUUAAAGUCAGAGAGGUUGCCUUAUGAGGAUAAGCUUUCCUAGAAAUUUUAUUUAAUAAUUAAUUUUACCAGAUUAACAACUUAAGAUACAGUAUAAUUCCCAGACAUUAAGGAGGUUGCAUUUCAUAGAAUUCAUUGUAAGUGAUCCUGAUUUAUGUUUGGUGCAACUUAGAUUGUUAAAAAAAUCAAAGAAAGGCUAAAAACUGCUGUUACCAAGGAAGUAAAGUGAGAAUCAACGGGAGUUAUGAAUAAUUAAUGGAUUUUGAGUCAGUUUAUGCACAUCAUAGAAUCAUAUUUUGAUGAAUGUAUCUGGUAGGUAAACAAAAAUGAAAGAAGUGUCCCAAAUAUAUCGACCGAGCGAAUUGGGAGAGCUUAAAGUUGCAUCAAGCUUAAAUCGAGGAAAGGAGGAUUGAAAUUCAUUUCUUCAUAAGACUCAAUAUAGAGGACAAAGUUUAACAUCUACUUUGAUGUUAAAAUCUUAUUUUUCUCAACUGUGAAAUUUCGUCAAGAAAAUUUUCUAGUUAAAUGCAAUUCAAAACUACUCUCUACUCAAUUUUUUCCCAAAACGCAACGUAAUAAGUUUCAGUCAUAUUCGGUCCAUUUAAGUUUCUAUGUCUAGUACUGACGGAAAUAUCAUGCAGAAACUUAGUGGUUAACAUCGCCCCUCGUGCUAGUUUGUACGGAAGUUUCAUCACUUUAGUUUCAACAAUCAUUACCAAACGAAAUUAACACUUGUUUCCUUUUUUGCAUUACUGAUUUCGUUUGAAAAAGCCAGAGAGGCUUAAUUACAUUGUAAUUUAACAUAGGUUCACCUGAUAAAUUAUGCCUUUUCUCCUUCACUGGCUUGUGCGUUAUUUUGGAAAAUUUUUAUCUUAUAUUAAUGAAAAUUUAUGAAAAAUUUAAAGUAUGAUUUGUCAUUGUUUUCAAAUGAUAUAAUGAAUUAUGAAAGCUUUGUAAUGUUGCAAUGCAUUGAAACCCCUCUCGCUCUGAUUUCUUCAUGUAGCGCUAACAUGUUGGAUACUACCAUCCAGCGUGUUUAUCAAAGUGUGAUACCAUUGGAACCUCGUGUCCGAGAGAAUCGUUUCAAUAUUUUGCUAAAUACAUAAUUUUAUAAUCAGAACUUGAUUCUACGAAACAAGCAACUGACUCCCUCUUAUUAGGAAAUUUUCGGCUGUGUCUUCAUCUGUGUUUCUUUUUAUAGUCAGUUUUUGCCUAGUGAUAAUAAACUCCAAAUGGGGAGACAUCUUUGAAAAAAAUUUUAACAUCAAUUUAAAGAAUACUCUGGAGUUAAACUGAUGAUACUAGAUCAAACUGCAAACUCCGUUGAAUCAAUUUCUACCUUUUCAAUUCCAACCUAAUGUCCAAGACUCUUCAUUUACUUCUGUACGUUCUUUUUUUGGUCUCGUGAAUUGUGCCUUUUAACCCUGAUAUUAGUAGACACCAAUAUUUACGAAGAAAUAUUCCACAAAAAUAAAUACCUGUUUCAACAGUAAAGCAAUACCUCUGAGUGGACACAGAUACCCCUCUCUCUCUCUUUCUCUCGUCUUGUCCGUUUCUUUUAAUUACAAUUUCCUUCACCAAACGUAAGGUAAACCCCAAAUUCACCUAAAUUUUUAUCAGGAGUAUCCAACCCACUUUCUUUGCCUAGCAGCUCAAUUUUAGCUUUUAUUAUUAUACAUUCAUGAAGUAUAAAAAGUGUGACUUGAAGUAUGACAGUGAGUCAAGUAAUUCUAUUGUUUAAUGAAUUCCCCUGUGGCUCUCUUUUUUUCGUCACUAAAUUUCACCUCUUUCAUGAUUGCCUUAGGGCUUGUCUCCACUGGACGUUUUAAAGCAAUGUAUUCUAGGAGUGAGUUACUUAAAGAAACCUCUUUUUUACCAUUCUGAGAAAGCACUGAAUUACUGAAAUGUAUAAGUAAGAUAAAAGACUAGGUAGUCAAUCCUUUGGCUGCGGCAACUAAUUUUGAGAGAGUAAGAGUUAAUGACCAAUUUGCUGUUGCAGCAAAGAGUUCCCUGAAAAUUCAGACAGAGACAACCCCUAUGUGUUUUCCUGCAUUGAUGAUCGAAGUGCAAAACCGCGUACCUCCGUUUGCAACGUUGCGAACUUUCUGUCGUAUUUUAUGUUUUCUUUGGAAAUUUAGUCAACGUAAUUUCUUGGAAACUUCCUUGAUUUUUUCUUGCUGCAAGCAGACUUUUCUGUAUAAAUUUCAAGCUACACAGUUAGCUAGUUUUUCUGCGAAAAAAAGUAAAUAGGAGGGGAAAUUUUUAAGACAUCACAAUGGAGAUACGCGGUGUCGCACUUCGGCCAUCAAUAUUUGUGUAACAGUCCUCUUUAUCAUGAUCAUGUUUUUUUUUUUUUUUAAAUGUUCUUACUAUGUGGCAAUUCUGGUCAGUCAUUAAAUAUGAUCUUUUAAGUAGGUCGCUUUUUAACACUGAGCAUCUGUAAUCAUUUUCGCAGCUUGAAAAAGACUUUAAUUCUCUGAAGUAAAUUUUUUUGCAAGGAGGUCUUAUUUUUAUCCAAGCAAAUCAGACUGAUUUAGUGGUUAGGUUCGUUUUUUUUCAAAUGAUUCCAAUCAAAACAAUGGAACGUAAUCCACAUCUAAAUUUUUUUUUAUUUUAUUAAUUAAUCAAAAUUGUGUAAUGAACAAGUUCUCAAUCAAUUAAUGAUUUAUUAAACGCGAGAAAGUAGUAUUACAUAUAAGAAAACACUAGACACAUCUCAUUACCAUAGCGUGAAAACUACGGUUGUCUGUGUACAAUUGAAACCAUCAGAACUGCAAUGACGUAUCCACUAAAUCAGUAUGUGAAGCAUCUUGAAUGAUGCUGCCUAAUUUGUAUCUCUCAUAUUUUUCAAACCAAAGUAUAUUUACGUUAAUUUUGUUUUCUAAUUGCAUGAAAAAAUUUGCGCUACCUUUUAUUAGCAGCCCAUAUUUUCAGAGCGUAUCUCUGAAAAAAAAUUGAUAACUUUUCUCACCCAGCCUCGUUUUUUACUAUCUACAAUUGUAAAAACUGAGAUUUUAAAAGUCCUGCAUACAAGAAACUUGAGGCAAAUGUUGCAAUAAUUAUCUUUACAGGUGUGAAAAUGUAAAAAAUUUGCUGUAAAGUUUGAAUACUCCACUUCAUUUGAACAGUUUUAUUUGACAAAAAUCUACAUUUCAUGUGGUUCUAUCAGAUUAUUUGAGCCAACUAAUGCUAUUGUUUUGUCAACUUCCGGUUACGUUCUUCCUUAAAAAUAAAAUAAAUCUAGAAAAAAUAAA